UUCCUGGCACUGAUAAUGCUUCCUGUACCUGAGCUAGUCUGUUCAGAGCCAUCUUUAGAUGGUUCUGCACUGUGUCUUCAGUAUUUCUAUGCCUCACUGUUUAUCUGCAAAAUGGGAAUAAUAGGACAUUCCUACCUUCUAGGGACUGUGUCGAGAUGAAUGUUAAAAUACUGAGAAACCUUUAAAGGAACCAUAGAAGUGACAAGAUGUAACUUUGUCUUGCAAUUUCUAAAAACUUACUAGACUUGUCCAAGUGGUAAAAAACAGAUUCCUCUAAAGCUGCUGAUCCUCCCUAGCUUUAAUUAUGGGUCCCCAGUUUAAUUAUGAGUCAGUGUUUUAGCAGGAGGCAGCUUUGACGAGAAGAAAAACUAAACGUUCUCUCCAUUUCUAUUGAUUUUUUUUUUAAUAACUUAUCUCCUCCUUUCUCUGCUACUUAUUGAUUUGCUACUUAACUGUCUCUGCUGUCUAUGAACUGUGUACCUCAAUCACUUCCAGGUACACUUGCAAAUUCCACCUCCAGAUAUUACAGUGGGAUGCAGUAAAACAGUUAACUGGGAUGCAGCUAAGCAAAGAUCUAGGUCGGGUUUAUCACUGAAUAAAAUGGAAACCAGAUAUGCUUACUAUCCAGUGCCAAAUAAACAGUGGGUCCCUUUAAGGUUGCCAGAUGCCUGUAUCAUGUGUGGGGCUUAUGGAACUUGGCACAGCAGAGCACAGGGCUGGGAUUGGAGUUGCCAUGGUGAGCAGAACUCUGUUUAGGUUUGCUUCGUCAGCUGUCCCGGAGAGCAAGACUGAGGAGGUGGCAGCUGCAGCAGUGACUUAAGAUCUUAAAGGACAAAGCUGUCGACUCGUGUGGUAGGACGAAGGUGCCAUGGGCUCUGCGCAGCUGCAGCAGCUGGAGGUGGUGGGACAUCUCAAAGAACCUGCGUUCCAGGUGGCAAAAUGUGCAGCAGAGGCUCUGAGGUUGAAUUUUCCAACCAAGAUUGCAGAGCCUGUAUUGCUUCCCUUACAAGAAGUUGCAUGGCAUGAAUAUUUACAGGAGAAGAAAAAGGAACUGCGAGGCGAAAUAUGGGAGUACCCCUCCAGGGUGAUGUGUUUUGUUGAUGGGCAGCUGCUGGGAAAUGAGAAGAAACUGCUCGAGUGGGCUUUUGAAAAGUGGAACUAUCAGGAUUUUAAACCUGAGGCACUUUACCAAGCUAUUACUGAGGACUUCUGCAAGAAGUAUAUGAAAAAUACCCAGCAUGUGUUUGUGUAUUUGGAUGCAGCUAUUCAGGAGCAACCCUUAGGGACACUGUUGUUUGAGCUCUAUUCUGAUGCAUGUCCCAAGACUUGUGAGAAUUUCUGUGCUCUGUGUACAGGAGAAGCAGGGAUCUCUCGCAGUGGUCUGCAACUCACUUACAAAGAAUCCAUUUUUCAUCGAAUAGUAAAAAAUGGCUGGAUACAAGGAGGAGACAUUGCAGGCGGAAGAGGAGAUGAUGGUGAGUCAAUUUUUGGACCCACUUUUGAAGGUAUAUUUACAUUUUUCUUAACUAUCUUAUCAUGUACAAGCCAACACUUCAGAUAAAUAGCUUGAUUUUCACUAAAAAGUUCUCAGGCUUAUUUGAAAAUGGAGAGAAAAUGUCACUAUAUGUGUCUGAUUGGUGGGUUAAGACUUUCUGAUGUCCAUCUGAACCACUGUCUGUUUGUAUUAACAGUUAUUAGGGCAGACUGGGUUACUGCAUCAAUGGGUUGUUUUUCUUGCAAUCGUGGUUCUGUCACUAACACAGUGUAGCUCUUUGCUUCCCCUUUUCAUUAUCUCCAGUUAUCCAUUUCCUCCCAUUCUUAAUUGUAAAUAAGGAAUAACAUCCACUUACCUCUCUUCCUCAUAUGGAGUUAAGAGCAUUACAAUCAGUACAGCAUUAUAAAAUGGAUGUGUGUUAAUUAUGGAUGGCCAUACACAUUGAUCCCAUGCAUUCAUUACAGUGAGGUAGUUUAAAUCUGUUGAAACUAACAGAUGCUACUUCAUUGUCUUUCUGAGAAAAUUAGUAUCAGGCAAAUUUUAAGCCUUAGAGCUAGAUUCCCACCCCACUUACACCAGUGAGUCCCAACUCCAAUCCUCACUCUCUUGCUGUCAGUGCAACUACUCUCGAUCUUCACCAGUGAAAUAUCAGAAUAUGACACUUAGUCUCACAGUGAGAGACCAUAACAGUGGAGAAUUACCAAGCAGGAACUACAUACCAUAAUAACAACACAAAGUUUAUAUUCUCUAUCACCAGAAAGUAAUUAAAAAUAUGCCAUAACAGACCUAUGUUUAAGAAAAGCAACUCAAAGAUACCAUCAAAGCACUAAAUUACAGGAAUUGUGUUUAAAUGAAACAUUAACUGUAAAGACAUUUAUGAUGAUUAAAGCAGGUUGGAAACUCAUUUACAGUCUCUCAAAUAAAGUUUUCUUACUGCCAAUGUCACAACUAGUGUUACAUUUCAGCAGCCUGGACAUCAGCCAGCAGACGAUUCAGAAAUGCCAAGCGUAACUGCAAACUUUACUUUCAAAGACAACUAGAAGUUUACUAAUAGUAAGAAAAAGCUCUCGCCUUGAGACUGUAGGACUGAGCAAAAUGGCUACACCAUUACUCAGUCAUGGGAAUUAACUAGUUAAAAAGUUAAAGAAAUGGCUAACUUUUUUUAAAGUAUAAGUUAAAAGUUAAAAAAAAAUGAAAUCCGGCUUUCCCAGAGGUUUUCCUGACACAGGCACUCUCUAGGACUUGCAUGAAAUGGUAUUUCUUUAUUGAAACUCUAGGACUUCUUGUUUGAGAGAGAGAGAGAGAGUAGUGUGCCUUCCUAUGGGCUAUGGUCUCUUGAAAACUGCAAGUCCCAGAAUUCCUUAGUUCAUGCUGGCAUUUUCUGCACAUUUGCAGAAGUCAACAUGGGCAGCCAGUUGGCUGCAGGAGAGGGAACAAGCACAAGCAAGGAGAGACAUUGAUCUCAGUAAGAGUGGGAGCAAGUGGUGAGGGUGAAGCAGAUGACGACUUUUUAAAUUUUAAUGAAGAUCAGAACCAGCAGCCCAGGGCCCAAGAAGUUGAGCAUUACUUCUCAUCUGAGAGAAAGUUAUCUGAGAUGUCACCUACUAUGAAAAAAUUAUUCAUCCGUUAUAACACAAGCAAUUCCCUCAUCUGCCCAUGUAAAGCUAUUGUUCAGUAGUGGCUUAGUUUUGCAAGACAG